AUUCUUGACCAAGCCUGAUUUGAACUCCUGAGUGAUCAAGAUUCUUGAUAGGCUCACGAGGAGCUUCUGAUUCAUCUCGACAAGGCGUCAUUCACACUCAAGACUGGUGACUGAUAGCAGCUAUUCCUUCCGCGCUUGCAAAGCUGCGAUUGGCUGCCCAAUCCGCUGCACUGCGACAUGGUCCUUGGACGUACUACUCAGCUUCCCGCCGCGUUGAGGGAAGAGCUAGGCCUCCCAGCUUCCUCAAAGAGGCGCGGCAGAGGAGGUUCUCUCUCUAGAGGAGACCGCAGCAGGACUUUUGAGGGGCAUCAGAGAGCUACACAAAGCGCGGAAAGGUCGGACGGGCGACACAAGAAGCAGGAGGGUCUCAAAGUCGUCAGCAGACAAACUCGGCGCGAAAAAGGUCAAGGUGGACCGAGGCAAGGGGGUGUAGACCAGUCAGAUUCGAAAAGCAAAGCACCAGAGAAGGUAUCUCCUGAUGCUCGAAAGCGACCACGGCGUUGGAGCGAGGAAGCAGCGAGGGUCGGCAUCUCCACUCAGCAGAAAGGCGUCUCACCAGAUAGGUCAACUGCCCUCGAACGACUUAUGAGGAAGGGCGAUGCUGCGUCAAGAGGUGGCAAAGGAUUCUCGGGAGAGGCGGGAGAUCCGCAUCGAGGCAAAAGACGCAAAAUGACCCAGCAAGAGCGUGAUGAGGAGGAUGAGAUCGCUUGGCUGGAAGCGCACCUGGAUGGCGGAAGAAAGAAGAAAGCAACUUCUAAGGGGAGCACAAAGAGAGACGACGAGGAGAGCAUCGGCGGAGGGGAUGACGGCCUCGAUGACUUGCUUGGGGAGCUCGAUCGAUUCUACCCUGGCAUGUAUGCGGAUGGCUCGGAUGGCGGCGAAGGGGACACGGAAGACGAGAUCAACAGCCACAACGAGCUGGACCUCACCGCCGAGAGCGGCGACGAGGAUUAUGAUGAUGACGGGGAGGCCGCGUUUGAGGGAUUCGGUGAGGCUGCACCCUCAGGCACCGACUCGAGCGCUUCUGCCUCGUCGACGCCGCCGCCACCACCACCUACUUUGCCUCCCACAGGCAAGUACCUGCCACCCGCGGCCCGUGCAGCGGCAGCUGCUGCGGCUAGCAGCUCCUCAGAGACGGAUCAAAGGCUGCGAAGACAGGCAAAUGGGCUGCUGAACAGACUCGCAGAAGGCAACCUAGCGGGCAUCGUUGGGGACAUUGAAGGCUUGUAUCGCUCGCAUCCUCGAGCUUCUGUCAACAACACCCUGAGCGACCUCAUCAUCGCCAAUGUCAGUAGCCCCUCAGAUCUGAUAGACACCUUCCUAAUUCUUCAAGCUGCUCUAGUCGUCGCACUUCAUCGCAUCAUCGGCGUCGAAUUCGCAGCCCAAGUUCUCCAAGCAGCAGUCGAUCGACUUUUGCAAGCAAGGAAGGAGGCGCUUGAAAGGGAGUGUCAAGGCGAGCUUCCGAGCAAGGAGGCGGCAAACAUAGUCGGCUUGCUGGCUGGAAUGUACAAUCUCGGAUCGUUGGCUCACCCGCUCAUGUACGACUUUAUGCGUCUCUUUCUGAGCGACGCAGAAGCUGUGGGAGAGCGCAGACUCGGCGAAGCGGAUGUGGAAUUGCUGCUGAGACUCGUCAAGUCAUGCGGCGCAGCGCUCAGGCACGACGAUCCGACGGCGCUCAGAGCCAUCGUGCAUCUUGCACAGGAGAAAGCUGCUGCGAUGGGUGCGCGCGCAGUCGUGAGUGGCAGGCAGGAUGGUUCGGCGGGCCAAAGUGAGACGAUUAGCACUGCGCGCGUUCGCUUCAUGUUGGAGGCGCUGUCGGACUUGAAGAAUAAUCGCACCAAAGCUGCUGCGGCGCUGGAGUCCUCGCCAGCGGGGCAGUCGCUCAACAGGCUGCGCAAAUUCAUCUCUAGCUUAUCAAAGACUCGAACGCUGCGUUCCCAUGAUGCCCUCAGAAUCGGCCUGCAAGACCUCAAGGAUGCAGAGAGUCGCGGCAAAUGGUGGCUUGUGGGAGCAGCUUGGGCGGGUCAGGAAGGCAAUGCAUCUGCCGAGGGCGUGACUGCCAGCAGACGACUGAGGGAAGAUGCGCCGAACAAGGACUCGCAAGAAUCCAAAUUGCUGCUACUGGCUAGAGCGCAGGGGAUGAACACGGAAGCUAGACGAAACAUCUUUGUCACCAUCAUGAGCGGCGAGGAUUACGCCGAUGCCUCCAACCGUCUGCUUAGUCUGAAGCUCGUCGAGGCUCAACGCCGGGAGAUCAUCAGGGUCUUGUUGCAUUGCAUUGGCGCGGAGCCACAUUACAACCCGUACUAUGUCCUCAUAGGUGUACAGCUCGCUGCCGACUCCCCGGGUACACGAGUCACCAUGCAGUACUGCUUGUGGGACUUCCUACGAAGUCUGGGUGAGAAGCACGUAGGUGGCAAGACCAUCGUGGAUGGCGCUGCUUCCGACUCUGAGGACGAGGAUGGCGAUGUCUCGUCCAAUGCGAUGCCCGCAAGGAAGAUGGCUCAUCUGGCGCGCGCGUAUGGAUGGUGGAUUGCAAAGGGAGCUCUUACCCUCAAUGUGCUCAAGACGGUCGGCUUUGCGACUCUCAAACCUCGCGGAGCGCGAUUCCUUCAGCUUUUGCUCGCACACGUCCUGCUCUCCACCCAAGUCCCGUCGCCUUUACAAACGCUGCGCAUCAAGUCCGCUCCAUCUUUAUCUUUGAGCAAGACGAAAUCUUUGGGCGCGGGUGAUCAACAGGCACUGGAGGAGGUCUUGGUGUCUGGGACUGUGGGCAAUCAAGAUCUAAGCAAGGGUCUGCUUUACUUUAUCGAUGCGCACGUCGCGAAGAAGAACGAGAUCGCGCAGCUGGUUGGACGGGGCGAGGAGGUGGAGGGGACACGCACAAGACUUCUUUGGGCUGCUGCCACGGCCAAAGAAGUGUUGAGCGUUGGCGCGACAAUCAGACCCUUCUGAUGUGCCGUACACGAUGUCAUUCAGAAAGGAGGAGAUCCAAAAAAUGAAGUUUGAUUGCAUUCGGACU